AGGAGGAGGUGGGGAGGGGGGGGGGGGGGUCCUUCCAGACUCACUGGAGCCUCACUGUAACAGCCUCUGAAUGAGACUGAAUGAGACGUCCUAAUUACUCCAGUUGUGAAAACUAAAGGAGGGAGGGUGGGACGGACGGGAGGACGUCUGCUUUGAUCUCAGGUCUCAGGGAGUUUGAUGCUCCCUAUAAAUACUCACUGGCUGUGAUGAGGGGGCAGUUCAAACCCUCCAAGCACCAGGACCAGGACAGACCAGCACACCAGCUCCUGCUCUUUGGACACAACUUAUAAAUCUCCACUUUGAAACCAAAGGAUUUACUCUCACACUUCACAGCCAUGAGAGGACACUUCUCUAUCGAGUGGAUGGCUCAGAGCAGCCAGCAGCCUGCAGGGACAGAGACGGUCUCGGUCUCUGGACCUGGACCUGCUGCCUGUGGGACUCAUUCAGAGAGUCUGCCGGGUUUUUACUGCAGACAGAAGUCUGAGAAUGUACCAGAGCAGCAAGAAGCCAGGAGCCAGGGCCUGGAUGGGUUCAGCCUGAGCUCCCUGCAGCACCAGACCUCUCACAGUAACCAAGUGACUGAGGCAGGUUUCAGCAGCGGGACAGAGGAGGAGACGUCCGGUUACGAGAGUGAAGGAGGUCACUCCUUCUCCCCUUCAGCCCCUGCUGACUGCACCUCCACCUCCCCUGCGUCCCCUCCAUCAGGGAGGAGGCCUCGCACGGCCUUCACGGCGGAACAGAUCAGCAGCCUGGAGAAGGCCUUCAAGAGGAACGCUUACCUGGGAACACAGGACAAGGCGGAGCUCUGCAAGAGGCUCAACCUGUCUGACAAACAGAUCAGAAACUGGUUCCAGAACAGGCGGAUGAAGCUGAAGAGGACGGUGCAGGACGCCCUGGCUCACGCCUGCCAAGCAAACGUGGCCUCUCAGUUCAUGCAUUACCCCGAGCUGCAAGGCUACAGGCCGGGGCCCUACCCCAGGUACCACUCAGCAGCUGCAGCAGCAGCAGCACAGGACGGCCCGGCUGCUGCCUCCUACAUCCACCCACACAGCCUGCAGUACAGCUCCCCUCUGCCCAGCGUCCCCUCACUGCCCCUGGACUCCUUCUACCAGUACAGCAGCCUCCCAGGAGUCAUGCUGCCCUCCACCUCCUCUCCACUCAUGGCCUCCUACCCAACGUACCCUCAGUACUACUGAUCCUGGACAUGUGUAUACCCAGCGUACCCUCAGUACUACUGAUCCUGGACAUGUGUUUACCCGACGUACCCUCAG